CGGUGCCCUGGUGCUGCUCAUCACCGCAGCCUCACGUCGCUGUUUUGGGAUCCGUUAGAGGAGAAAUGGCUGCAGCUCUGUCCCGUGCCCUCAAACUGCCCGGGAAGAAGGGCUCUGAGCUCGGGGAGUACGACCCUCUCACCCAAGCAGACAGCGAGGAUGAGAGCGAGGAGGACGACCUUGUCCUCAACUACCCGAGAAAUGGCCUCGGCAGGGACGGCUGCCUCGGCGCUGGCUCCUCUAAACUGCGCAGCGGCCGAUCUGCUCGGCUUGUUGGAGCCGAAGACGAAGCGCAGGAGGACGAGGACGAAGAGGAGGAUGAAUGGAGGGAGCGACUCCCCAGCAAAUCCAGGCAGGACAGAGAGGUGAAAGGUGUGCAGUACUGGAGCCACAGUGACUCAGGGAGGGACCGGGCCGGGGAUGACAGAGGGGGUUCAGGAGGAGGGACGGGGCUCGGGGUUCAUGGUGCCGAGGCGGAGGAAAAGAGGAUGAGGAUGAAGCAUGCCGUCAGGACUGCGUUUUUCCUGGUGCCUCUGGUCUGCGCCUCGCUGCUCGUGAUGCUGUGUGCGUUUCUGAUUCCCUGCCAGAAGGCGGAGCUGGAGAAGAGGCUGCAGUGGGAGAGAGUGCUGGGAGUUGAAGGAGCUGUAAAUCCACCUGCACUGGCACUGUGGGACGUUGAUGAAGAUUCAGUGGAGGACGUGUUUCUGGGAGUCACUGAACUGACCAAUGACACCCGGUCCACCCAAGAGAAUAAAAUCUACAGCAUGGUGGCGCUGUCUGCAGUCAGCGGUCAGGUGCUGUGGAGGAAUGUCACGCGUGAGAAUGUUAAAUACAUCCAGUGUGGACUACAGUUCAGCACCCAGCCAUCACCGGUGGUCAUCGUCAUUGGAAAGUCUGUCGUCAUGGCCAUCAACGGCACUACAGGGAAGAACCUGUGGUCGCUUCUGCUGAAGAACAUCAUGUCUCAGGCCGUGUUACUUCCAGAUAUUGAGGGUGACUCGGUCCCUGACCUGCUUAUCACCACGCUGCCUGCAGAUAAGGCUUCAGAAAUCUCUCUGACUCUCAUCUCUGGGCAUACGGGGGAGAAGAUUGGACAUCCUGUACCUUUUAACCUCACUGCACAAGGCCGCCUGAUCGGUCCUUUGCUGCACGAGACACCACAAGGAGCGUACUACAUCCUCUUUGGACUAGGUAAUGUGGAGGCUAUCUCUGUGCAUGAUAUCUACGUUAAAGCCACUGGUAAGAUGCCUCGAACUCAGGCGCUGCGGAGGAGAGAUCCAGGCUGGGAGGGACUCAAUAAGAGCAACUCAUCCUCCUUAAUCAACAUUUACAGAGGAGCUGAGAGCGCAGAGUUCCUGCUCCCUCUAGUGGCCGGUUUUGGUAACGACCACUACAGCCUGGACACAGUAUCCAAUCAGAACUCCAGUAAGAGUGACUGGGUGCUGGUGUACGGCUCCAGCAAACUGUCCGUGCUCCGAAAGAGGGACGUACACAAAGAGUGGACCUUUAACUCGUCACAGCUGCACUGUCAACCAGUCCCAGGACACUUCAGUGAUGACAGAGUGCUUGAUCUUUUCAUCCAGCACACAGCAAAUGGCACCAUGACGGUGCAGGUCGUCGAUGGAGCGAAGGGAAAACUUCUGUGGUCUGCUGAGUUUGUGUGUCCUCAUCUGGCGUUGGAAUCAUCAGCAAUCUCAACCUCAACCGGCCAGUCAGUGUUCCUUUUCUGGGCCAGUGAGCCAAUCAAAGCACAGAAGAAUGUCACAAAGACGACUGUGUCACCAGGUGUUGCUGCAGCUCAGCCGCUCAUCAGAAGACUUUUCCUGCUGCAUCCAACGUAUCCCCAAAUCCUCCUGGAGCUCCACAGCACCACAGACAAGGCCGUCACCUCUGCAGUGAGUUACCACGAGCACCAGAAGGACGCUUUCUACAUUAUCGUGUUCUCACGGCCCACGCCUGGCUCAGAGCCCCACGCUCAGAUCGUCAAAAGCAUGAGCCUCAGAACGGCCAUCGCUAAAGGACAAAUCGUCAGAUUAGGAGAGAGCAACAAGCCUGGGGAGCCCAUCAAACCUGGAGCGUACGAGAUCAACAAGUUCUUCAGACGUCUGUCUUUCAAACGGCAGUGAUGAUCCAGCACUGCUCUCACGGUACGACUGGAAAGACCCACAAGAGGUCCAAAUGGACAGAAGUGGGCGAUUUCUCUGCACUAAGACGACACUGAGAAUUCAUCCUGAGCUGAAAUCAUCCUGUUUGUUUCACUGAGCAUGAUUUUGAUUCUGUUACUUGAGAAAAAGUUUUAUCUUCUGUGAAAAGGUUAUUUAAAGGUUGUUUAUUUUAUUUGUAUCAUUUUGCUUCAUGUUAUGUUUUUAUGGUCAUUCUUUCAAUGAUUAAUACUACACUGAAUGUUUGAUUUUUUCAGACUUGAUGACGGAAGAGGUACUUUACUCUGUAGAAGCACAGUAAUAUGUAAAUAUGUUGACAUUCUGCAUUACUCCUAUAACUCCUACAAAGCCAGUAUAAACAUGUGAUCUCACCUCUCGGUCCCAUUUAAACACUAACACUGUUUCUGCUCGUCAAAAUGUUCAGCAUCCUAGUGACUCUGUAAAUAUUUAAAUCUGUACAGUAUUUAUUCUUUUGCCUUGUUGGUUUAUGUUGUCAGAUUUUAUGUAUAUAUUGCCAACCACAGUUUUUUCUAUGUGGACGCUAAAUUAAAAAGCAAUGCAAG